AACGCGGCUACAACUCUUCUUUCUCCACUAUGCCUCUAUUCCUUUCCCCUCCUUCUUGUAGUUUACCUCUCCACUGAAGGGCAGGCCCUGACCUUUUUGCUCCUUUUCUUCCCUCCCCAGUCCCUCUUGAUACGCCCACCCUCUCGCCAUGUCUUCCUCAACGCACUCAAAAGCUUUGAGAAAGAGCUCGGUGAGCCACCGAUCGACCCUGUCGCUUCAGAAGACGGAGAUCAAGAUUCACGUUUAUGAUUUAUUACCGCCUGGAAAAGUCUCGUCAGUCCUCUGGGCCAUUGGCAGCUCUCUCCUACACUCUGGGGUUGUUAUCAACGAUAAAGAGUACGCAUAUGGUGGCCAUGAUCAGCGCGGGAUGACUGGCGUGUAUUGGACAAAACCAGGCCAAGAACCACCUGGAGGCACAUUUCGACAAGAAAUUCUCCACGGAUUCUCAUUUCGACCCGAGGAGGAGCUCAAAGUUAUCAUACAUGAGGCUUCAGAACAAUUCCAGGGCACCUCCUACAACCUUCUCACAAAAAACUGCAAUCACUUUACCUCACAUCUCUGCGAGAAACUCACGAGUCGGCCUGCUCCCGGCUGGCUAAAUCGCGCUGCCAGCAUAGGUGUAGCUCUCCCUUGCGUCGUACCACGGGAAUGGAUAGCACCACCGGAUCAUGAUACUGCGGAUGGAGAGCUCCUUGGCGAGGACUUUGAAGACGAAAGAUCAUCGAUGCUGCGAAACGACUACCGGCGGCGGCACCGAGCAUCGGAAGAUGACCAGGAAAACUGGGACAGUGAGAUGGAUCGCAUAUCUAGCAGUAGCCACGGAGGUAGCGGCGGAAGCUCAAGAGGGCAUCCUCGGCACGCGUCCCGAAAUGAUGUCCCCCGACUCGUCUCGAUCAAAGACUCUCAUGGUAGGGAGAUUCCUCCAGCGGAGAGAGCUCCAUUGCCGAGACGAAUAACAUGA